AUGAGAGUUUUCGGCGCUUGUAUCAAUGAAACCCUCCAGAUCUACCCAGCUGCGCCGGGUGCAUUGUCUUGUGUGGUACCACAAGGCGGUGCCACAGUCUCUGGGCAUUGGGUUCCUGGUGGGACUCGAGUAUAUACAUCUCCGCUGGCCAUGUUUCGUUCCUCUGCGAGCUUUCAUGAUCCUGACUCAUUUCUCCCUGAGCAGUGGUAUACGGAGACGGAAGAGAAAGUUGCUACAGAUGAUAGGGAUGCAUUAAAACCAUUCUCUGUCGGCACUAAAGACUGUGUCGGCGAAUACAUGGUGAAUUAUCUAAUACGCUUUUGUACUCGCGAGGUGAUGUUGCAUUUCGAUUUCGAGCCUUGUGGAGAGAGCGAGGAAUGGGUUUCCAAUCGAAAGAUAUGGACUUUCUGGGACAAACCGCCACUAAUGGUCAAAUUGACCCCAGUCAAGCCCCAUGUGUGA